UGAUUUUGCAUUUCCGAGGGAGAGAAAUAUGUAAACAAUACAGUUCUCUCUCCUGUCAGCUCCUGCACACACUGCUCUGUAUGGCUCUGCAGAGCCAUACAAAGCAGUGUGCUUACAGUUGAAAGCAUUAACACAUUCCACAGUAAAACAGCACACCGUUAACCCUUUGAUCGCCCCAGAUGUUAACGCCUUCCUGCCCAGUGCCAUUAGUACAGUGUCAGUGCUUUUUAUUAGCACUGAUCACUGUAUUGGUGUCACUGGGGAUGUCAGUGACACCAAGUCAGUGUCAGAAUGCCCGCCGCAGUCCC